AUGGACCCAAAUCCCCGGGCAGCCCUGGAGCGCCAGCAGCUCCGCCUUCGGGAGCGGCAGAAAUUCUUUGAGGACAUUUUACAGCCAGAGACAGAGUUUGUCUUCCCCCUGUCCCACCUGCAUCUCGAGUCGCAGAGACCCCCCAUAGGAAGUAUCUCAUCCAUGGAAGUGAAUGUGGAUGCCCUGGAGCAGGUAGAACUUAUUGACCUUGGGGACCAAGAUGGAGCAGAUGUGUUCUUGCCUUGCGAAGACCCUCCACCAACCCCCCAGACAUCUGGGAUGGACGACCGUCCAGAGGAGCUGGGCCUGCCAACGGCCACGCCAGACAGGACCGCGUCCCGCACCUCCUCCUCGUCUUCUGACGACUCCACCAACCUGCACAGCCCAAAUCCCAGUGACGGCGGAGCGGACACGCCCUUGGCACAGUCUGAUGAGGAAGAGGAUGGGGCCGAUGGGGGGGCAGAGCCUGGAGCUUGCAGCUAGCAGUGGGCGUCCAUGUAUAGACUGAGCGGGCUGGCUCUUCCACACAGGAGACGAGAGGCCCAGCCAGAGCCCUGCGGAGAAGACCAGACUCUUUACUUGCAGCAGGCACUGGGGGGAGGCAAGGAUGGUGGGAUGGUGAGCCUCUCUGGGAAUCAACCCUCCUGCUUUACUGCUAACCUUUCCUGCUGCGACCCGCCCCCCCCCCCCCCCACCAGUUUUUGGCUUUACUCCUGAGGCAGGGCUUGCAGGCGCAGGGAUGGAAGAUGAGGUAGGACGAGAUGCCGCUGCUUUUCCUAGCGCCCCUGCCUCCCCCAGACUAUCCUGCAGUCUUCUGAUAGAGUCUCCUACACCAGUGUCUCUAAGUGGACGUGAACUCCUAGCACUCCCCGUGCGGUGGUACCCCUGCUCCCCCACCCCCUGUUUGGGAACAGGGCACGGAAUAAGUAAUAAACAGAUAAUAAUAUA